AUGGCUAGCGAGAAAUCUCAAAAUCCUUUCGAAAACCUCGGUCGGCAUGCCGAAUCCGACGACCCCUUCGUUCCCGGCCCCUCCAGCAGCUCCGAUCCCAACUUCGAGCCCCCUCCAUAUACAGUGGCUCCUGGGCCCGAGACGCACGAAACCCGUGCCACGCCGGCCCCAGCAUCACAGUCGCGGCGAAACAACCCGAUCGCCAUCCCUGCUACCGGAUCCUCCAACGACUCUCCUUUCACCCGUGCUUAUGCCCCGAUCCUUACCGACUACAACCUCCCUCGCGAAUCUUUCCUCAGCUUCCUUGACCAGCUAAACAAAGUUGUCGCCACAAGCCCUCCGUUGCAAGUGCUGGAUGCGACGGGCGGUGUCUUGCAGUCUGUCCCGAUCCUGUUUCCUCUCCACUGGAUCGGCUCGGCGGUCAGCGGGCUGGCAAACCUGGGGAGCCAGGGAGUCUCGAAGAGCCGGACAGACUCGGCGAUUCGCCAAGCCAAUAAAGAUAUCUUUGGUCCUCGAGGCCUCAAAGCCGAAAUUGCGAAACUGGACGCGCUUGCCCAUGUCGCCAAUAUCCCCAUCCUAGACUCUCAGGGCAAAGUGAGCCGUCAGACGCCUCUUCUUCAACGGCUGUUGAAUGAGUCCGGUGAUAAUGUCAAUGAGCCUAUUCAGGACCUGGACCUGCAACAACGUCGCAUCAAGAUACUGCAGCCGUGGAUCGCUGAUCUCGAGCUAGAAAUCUUGCCCUGGACAACCAAGUCGAAAUUGACUCGGUUCAAUGCCGCGUUGAAGAAGAGGAAUAAUGUCGGGCAAGCCGAGUCCUCAAGGGACGCGAAGUCUCAUGUCGACGAGGAAGAGACAGGGCUGCGGAAAGGUCUCUGGCUUAUUAUCAGGCCAUUGGAUGCGAACUGA